AAUGACGUGGAGCAGUUUCGUCUGUUGUAACGACCCCAUUUUGGUAAGACGACACAACCACGAUGACCAUACGUCAGGCGGCCAUGAUGCUGUCGGUCGAGGACAUGAGCAAGGUAGUAAAAGCGAGCUGGCUCGUGGAAGACGCGUUCCGAGGGUUCCCUCGGGCACACCCCAAACCGACGACACAAGCGUUGCAGACGUACAAAAUGUACCAUCGACUAGUGUCCGUCCGACAAGCGACCGUGUUCGUCUUGCUCAUGCUCACGUUUGUCGAGACGCCGUAUUGGUGCCAUGACGCGUGGCCUCAUCCAUGCGGCGACCCGUUGGAGCCGACAACGCCUCUGACGUCGGGCAUGCUCCUGGUAUCGCGUGGGAAAUCUGUCGUAGUCGAGGUAGCGUGCCUCACGUUUUGCCUGGUCAACGAUGGUCUCUUGUUCCACUCGCUCGGGCGCAACUUCUUCACGCGGCUCGACCGCGUGUGUGCGCUGGGCUUGUUCUGCACCGCCCUCGUCAAUGCACUGGUGCGGUUUGCCACAACGUGGUCAUGGACCAGCCGCCUCGCGCCGUUCCUUCGUUUGUUCAUUUUCGCGCUGACGUUUCGAUCGAUUCGAACCACAUAUCGCAAGAUGUACCUCGUCAUGGCGGAAGUCCACAACAUCAUGUCGCUCGUCGCCAUGUAUGUGGGGUUCUUUGCCUGGCUCGCCACGGUGCUCUUCCAGGACACUGAAGAAGCCGGCGUCAUGCGGUCGUUCGUCGAGUCGGCAUGGCAGCUCCUCGUCCUCCUCACCACGGCAAACUUUCCCGACAUCAUGAUGCCAGCGUACACCAAGAACCGCGCGUAUGGCCUCUUCUUUAUCGUGUUUGUCGCGUUUGGGCUGUUUUUCCUCAUGAACUUGAUUUUGGCCCAAGUGUUCAACAAUUUCCAGCGCAUCGCGGCAUCCGAUCAAGCAACUGCAGUUCGUAAUCGGACCGCCCUAUUGACCCAAGCCUUCGAUUUACUCGUGACGAUCCAAUCGGACCGCCACCACGCUCUCGUGACGCGGAAUCAAAGCCCCCGUCGCGGCACCUCUCGACUCUCUCCACCAAAGCCCUCGUCGGUGCCGCCUCUCGACACUCUCCACCAGCGGGCGCCUUCCCCUCCGAAACGCCUACAAGUCGGGGGGCUCAACCCCUUGCUUCCUCCACUUGCCCAGGAAUCGCCCGUGCACGAGGAGUCUGUGUGUACGUGGAUCGACACCGACCUUGCGCUUGCGCUCUUUCAAGAGCUCAACCAUUACAACGUCGCGUCCACUCGCCUCACGAACAAGCACAUGCUUGAAUUGUUUUGCCAGCUCGACACUGACGGCGACGGACGCAUUCAGCUCGACGACUUCUUCGCCGUGUGCGACUGCAUGCGCGAAUACGUUCAAGCGUACCACAAAGCCCCGUCCGAGGUCGAGCGAUGGUGGCCUCACGUGGCCUCUUCUCAGCGCUAUCAACAACUUUGCGCUGUCGUGCAGCACAGGCGAUUUGAAAUUGCCGUAGACAGUCUCUUGGUUCUGAAUGCCGUGUGCAUUGUGCUGGAAACGUCCACCGCAAUCGACACCAGCAACCUCGCCGAAACUCGACCGUGGGAGAUCGUGCAAAUCGCAUUCUCGUCGUUGUAUGUUGUCGAGAUGGUUCUCAAGAUCAUGGUGCACGGCUGGCGCGACUAUGUGCACUCCUUUCGCAACCGAUUCGAUGCCGCGAUCACGAUCGUGUCCCUCGUCGUGGAUAUCUACGCCGACCUGCCCAACGAAUUUUCAAGUCACACUGUGCCCAAGGUCCUCAUGACGUUUCGGUGCGUGCGGAUGCUUCGCCUCUUCCUCUCCAUCGAGCGGUACCGAGUCAUCCUGCACACUGCGUGGGCAAUGGUUCCGAUCGGGAAAAACCUCCUCCUCGUCAUGUUUUGUAACUUGAAUGUGUUUGCUCUUGUCGGCCACCAACUCUUUGGCGGGCGCAUCUCUCCCGCUGUUCUCGCAACCGACCGCUUUGCCAACUCGACGUACGCCGCAAGUGGGUACGCUGCCAACAACUUUAACGAUAUCCCGAGCGGCAUGGUGACGCUGUUUGAGCUCUUGGUCGUGAACAACUGGUUUAUCAUUGUCGAGGGCCACGUCCUGAUCUCGACGGUGUGGGUGCGGCUCUUCUUCAUUGCGUUCUGGCUCACCGGGGUCAUCAUGACUCUCAACUUGAUCGUGGCUUCGAUCCUGGAUGCGUUUUCCAAGGAGUAUGCUGCCGCAGCAUCCAAGACUCCGUCAAGCACUGCCGCGUCCCCGACCAAGCUCGAGAUCAAGUCGUUUGUGGCGCCGCCGACGUCGCCAUCGCGACAUCGUUUAUCCCAUCAGCGCAUGGUGGCGUUUGCCAGUUCACGUGAUGGAGGAAACGUGGAGCUCUUGGACGACGAGUGCCGAUCUGCUUGAAUGUAUCUUGUCGGCGUGCCAUGUGAAUAAAAAAAAGGGAAGCUGUGCAAUGGCGUUGACAUGAGGGUGCAGUCAAAAUCUGGAGUUGGGUUGUUGUUUAUGUUACAAAAAUUCGUGGCACCCGCUAUGCGCGGUCGUCGGGGGGGUCCAGACAGCAGCAAACGAGCCGGAUCCACGACCACGUCUUGGACGAGAAGGGCCUCGCCGUCAACGUCACCGACGGAGGUGGCAGCAGCGACGACGUUUCAGUCUGUUGUGUGGCGGAGCCCAACACUUCAGACACCGUCACAGACCGUGCAAACGUGUUUCGCUCUUCUGUAAUUCUGCUUGUCGAUUUUUUUAUCACUUCAUGUGGCAUCCGAUAGGGCGGGGCCGCCGUGCCACCAGGCUUGAACUGUUCUUCGUUGAGAUUUCUAAGCCCCAGCCACCUGCGCAAAUUUUUUUCUCGCGUUGGGGACGCCAACUGUACAAGUCGGUUUCCCAGUACCUGCACACUUCGUUGCACCU